UGGACUCUUGCAUGAUCCAAAAAGGUGCUCUCUUUAUAUUCUUCCCUUCUUUUCUCUCUCUUUCUUCUUCUCCUCCUUCUUUGUGUGCUAAUGGCUUUUUUAUCUGCUUCUGUGUCGGCUAACGAGGGUAAUUCUUGAUUGAAUCUUUGAAAGAAAGACACCCAAAGAAAGAUUCAUCACUGUCUUUUUUUUUUUUUCGUUAUGUUUUUUCUUUUUUAAUCCUAGUUAUCCUUUUUGGGUCUUUAUAGGAGGAGAAUUUGGAGGAGUUUUUGUUUACAGAGACUUUGUGUGUAGUUAGUUACUGAGAGUUUGAGGUUUUUUCUUUUAUGGGCUCAAAGAGAGUGUAAGAAAAGCAGAGACUUUUUCUGUCUGUGUUUCUGUGUCUGGGUUUUCCUUGUUUUUGUGGAUCUUAAUUUUGGAAGUAGUAGAAGUUUUGACAGUGAACUCAAAACUUGGUGAAUUGAACAGUGGUUUUCUUUCUUGUGGAGAUAAAGUGAUUUAGUCUCUGAUCUUUGUACAAGAAACAAGCAAAGAGGAAGCGUUUUUUUUUUUUGCUUUAAUAUUUUGUUCAAUUAUAGCGUAUCGUAGAAGCAGAUUUUGGUGUUAAAAGCUGUUAAAGAGAGGCAAAAAAAAAAAAAACUGUUUAAAUUGGAGGAAGAUAUAGUUUUGGGGGGCUUUGAAUAUUAUUUAGUGAUGAAGCUUUAGCUGUAUUGAGAGAAAAGAUGGAGCUUUUUGGAAUCUGAAGUUGGCUCUCUAAUGUUGAGGUUCUGUGGAAUUACAAAAUUUUGUUUUGAAUUCUCUUUCUGGUGAGGAUCAAAAGAAGAUCCUCACUGGAUAUUUUGUUGGACGUGGCAAAAAAUUCUUAAUCACAGUUUCCCUUGAUCAUACAUGCUUUACAAGCAUUUACUUAGAGAGAAGAGAAAACGAAAUAUUUUACUGUUGCAAUCAUUGUUUUGAUUGAGAUGAUUACGUUUAUGGACUCAAAAGAGAAACUGAAGGAGAUGGAGAAGUGCUUGGAUUCUCAGCUAUGGCAUGCCUGUGCUGGAGGAAUGGUUCAGAUGCCUUCAGUUAACGCCAAAGUCUUUUACUUUCCUCAAGGCCAUGCUGAGCACGCUUGUGGCCCUGUUGAUUUCAGGAACUGCCCUCGAAUACCGGCUUAUGUACUCUGCAGAGUCGCUUCUGUUAAGUUCAUGGCUGAUCCUGAGACUGAUGAGGUUUUCGCGAAAAUUGGGCUGAUCCCGGUUAGUACUAAUGAUCCUGAUUUUGAAGAUGAUGGAAUUGGAAGCAUUCAUGGGAAUGAAACACAGGAAAAGCCGGCAUCUUUUGCUAAGACAUUGACUCAGUCAGAUGCAAACAAUGGUGGUGGUUUUUCUGUUCCAAGGUAUUGUGCUGAGACGAUAUUUCCAAGAUUGGAUUACUCUGCCGAUCCCCCCGUUCAGACUAUUCUUGCAAAGGAUGUCCACGGGGAGACCUGGAAAUUUAGGCAUAUAUAUAGAGGGACGCCAAGGAGACAUCUUUUGACUACGGGAUGGAGCACUUUUGUGAACCAUAAGAAGCUUGUGGCUGGGGAUUCGAUUGUGUUUUUAAGGGCGGAGAAUGGGGAUCUUUGCAUUGGUAUACGAAGGGCGAAAAGGUGCAUUGGAGGAGGGCCUGAGUCUUCAUCUGGGUGGAACGCUACUGGUGGAAAUUGUGUGGUGCCAUAUGGAGGGUUUUCAGCGUUUCUGAGGGAAGAUGAGAGCAAGUUGAUGAGAAAUGGCAGUACUAAUGGGCUUAACUCAAAUAGUAAUUUGAUGGGGAAGAGAAAAGUUAGGCCUGAACAAGUUAUUGAAGCUGCAACUCUUGCUGCCAACGGGCAGCCAUUUGAGGUUGUUUACUACCCCAGGGCGAGUACGCCCGAGUUUUGUGUGAAGGCCUCUUUGGUGAAAGCAGCAUUACAGAUCCGGUGGUGCUCGGGGAUGAGAUUUAAAAUGGCCUUUGAAACAGAGGAUUCUUCACGGAUUAGUUGGUUCAUGGGCACUAUAUCUUCUGUUCAAGUUGCUGAUCCCCUCCGCUGGGCUGACUCACCUUGGAGGCUUCUUCAGGUUACAUGGGACGAGCCGGAUUUGCUUCAAAAUGUAAAACGUGUCAGUCCUUGGCUGGUGGAAUUGGUUUCGAACAUGCCCGCGAUUCAUCUAUCUCCCUUUUCACCACCAAGGAAGAAGUUGAGACUGCCACAACACCCAGAUUUCCCCCUUGACAGUCAACUUCCAAUGCCAACAUUUUCAGGCAACCUUCUUGGGCCCAGCAGCCCCUUUGGGUGUCUACCCGACCACACUCCUGCUGGCAUGCAGGGAGCCAGGCAUGCUUAUUAUGGUCUAUCUUUAUCGGAUCUCCACCUCAAAAAACUGCAGUCAGGUCUCUUUCCGGCUGGUUUCCCACCACCUGAUCAUGCUGCUACACCCAAUAGGACCUCCAAUGGUGGCCCAAUCAUUCAAAAGCCUAGCAUGAGUGAGAAUGUUUCUUGUGUGCUAACUAUGGCCCAUUCUACCCAGAAUUGUAAGAAAACUGAUGAUGCAAAGACGCCCCAGCUUGUACUUUUUGGUCAGCCAAUUCUUACAGAGCAGCAGAUCUCUCUCAGCUGCUCUGCUGAUACAGUCUCGCCAGUUCUUACUGGAAAUAGUUCAUCAGAAGGGAAUGUAGAUAAGAUGGCAAAUUUUUCUGAUGGUUCUGGAUCUGCACUUCAUCAACAAGGCCUGCCAGAGCGCUCAUCCUGUGAAGGUUUCCCAUGGUAUAAGGAUAAUCGCCAAGAAGCUGAAACUAACUUGGAGACUGGUCACUGUAAAGUUUUUAUGGAAGCAGAGGACGUAGGUCGAACACUUGACCUUUCAUUCCUGGGUUCUUAUGAUGAAUUGUACAGAAAGCUGGCAGACAUGUUUGGUAUAGAAAAUUCUGAGACUCUGAGCCAUGUGCUCUAUCGGGAUGUUACAGGUGCAGUCAAACACAUAGGAGAUGAACCAUUCAGUGACUUCAUGAAAACUGCAAGGAGAUUGACAAUUCUAAUGGAUUCAAGCAGCGACAACAUAGGAGAGUAUAAAGGAAGAAACAAACACUGAAUUUCAACUUGUACAGCUAGUUGCUCAAAUCCUUUAUUCUCGUGCUGACUUAUUCACCCUUUUUGAAGUUGUAGGAGGAGCUGCUUCAGUCCAAGUUCUGGACUUCCAACCUUUAAUCUUCCCUUACUCUUGUUUUUCUUCAUUGUUUUGAAGGGAUAUGUUGAUUUUGAAGCUUUAUUUUCAAGGUCAUAGUUCAUUAAAAAUUUUUGUUGGUAUAUUGUUCUUUUAGGUUCCUGGUUUCAUAGGCAGCUGGUUCCUACAAGUACCAAGUCAAUUUGUAGGACAUGGUCUGUGUGUAUUAGAGGGUUUUUUUCCCCCUUUUUCCCUUUUUCCUCUCUUUGGGAAUUGAUUGAAGUCCUGUUAGAAGCAAAGUUCAAGCACAUCCCCCUGGUCCCUUCUGUACUUGAUUUCUUAAUAACUAUUAAUUGUACAAUACAAAGGUUUUCCUGUUAUUAUAAAGGCUGAUUUCCCUUA